AUAAUAUAACUGCAUUGCUAAAUUAACUUAAAAACUAUAAACAUUAGCAUUGCACAGAUAGUAUUUGUGGACUACUGUAUUUUUCUGAUUCCUCCAGUCCGGUAGGUGGCGGUAAUGCGCAGUAACGCAGUGUGUCACCCGCCAUGAGGCAAGAAAAAGACAGCGAAGAAGAAAGAAGGCGUUUGUUAUUGACAGCGCGCGAAAGAAAAAUGGCGGAGCUACAAAAUGAAAGGUGUCAGAGAGACCACGGGCUUGACACGGGUACAGCAGAGGACAUUUCACAAGGGACCAAAAGACAAUUAGACAGAACCCAGAGUCCAGAACCUCCACCGAAGUCUCCUCGCACUUCAUCUCCCCCUGCAGUCGUCGCUCUUUUAGAAGAGAAACAGCCAGAAGACCAAGAUUCAGCUCGUGCAGACGUCACACCGAGAGAGACGAUGACUGAAGCUUGUGCUGCUCCUGAUCUCAGCCCUCGCUCGCGGAGAAAAUCCUGGAGGAGGUCGACUAGAGGCAGGGCGUCGCUCCCUGCCCUCCCCAACACCUCCCAGUCUCUGUGUAAAUCCAUCAGCCUGGACCUGAGUGAUGAAGAGAGGCUGGAGAAGCUCAUGGAAGCUGCAAUGCAGGUUACAGUGAAGAGGCUGCAAAACACACUGUGUACCAUCCCUGGUGCUGAUUUGGAAGCGUUUCAAGCACAAGUUGACUCCCUGCAGACUGAGUGGGCGAGUAUGGCUAAAACCAUUAGUGAAGAAAGUCAGCUGGCAUUCUCCAGCACCAGCAGCGAUCCUGCUAUUCAGAAAGCCAUCGAACGUGCAAAAGAGGACCUGAACAGGCUGCAGGCUGAGAGUUUGUCCUGGGAGUCGCUCCUAAAUAAACAUCGCUCCAGAGCGGAGGAGUUGGCCAAAAGAGUGGAGGAGGGACAGGAGAGAGGUGUGAAGCUGGACCCGUCCUGCCUCGCUCAGUCCUCUCAGAGCAAACUCAUCCUGAAUAAACCCGAUUACCACGCAGUGCUGCAGAGACAGCAGAGAGUCCUCAACACUAUGGAGCUGGUGUUGGAGUCUCAGUGCAUGAUGAUGAGGGCGCUCCUGUCCUUCCAGGAGGACUCUCAGUCACUGGUGAAGGAGACCAGCGCCCGACUGGCUCAAAGUGCAGGAUUCCAGGAUCUCCCAUCAUCCCCGGUGAAGACGCUCCUAAACCUCCCUCAGUCUGCCACUUCAUCUUAGUUGAGGUUCUACAGCAUUCUCAAUACACCUCAAUAGACCUGUCCAUUUUACCAGGACAAUAAAUUCAGUUUAACUGGACAGUGUGACGCGAAUAUAAAUAACGAUACACAAAGACCUGACCAUAACAUUACAGUCUAGUUGUGCUAAUUAUGCAUCAACAAAACACCAGGACCGUUAUGGAAAAUACAUUUAGCAUGUAAAUAGUUUACGUUAUGUUGCUUCUUUAACUAUUGUUAUUCAGUGAUACUCACGAUACUCAGAAAAGUGUAUCAUACUGGUGUUAUAUCGUGAUAUCAGUAUUGUGUUCUCAUAUCGCCCAGCUGUAGUCUGUGUUUUGUAUCUUUAUACACCUUUCUUUUCUCGAGGGGGCCAAAAAAAUGUCGUUGGUAAACAUGUACAUGUUUAAAUCUUUAGUUAAAUCAUUUGAAAGGUGUCACGUUGAGAGCUGAAGGCUUUGCUGUUUAAAAUGGAGUGUCAUUGCCAGUGUCAUCUGUUCCCUAAAUGUGUUACAUAAUUAUAUACUCAUUAUAACAGCAGGUAAUCAUUACCAGAGAUAAAUUGCAGCAGCAUUUCAUGAAAACUGUUGGACACUAGAUGGCAGUGUGAUUCAUUUAUAACCCAAAUAAUACAACUCCAUAUUACAUGUGACUUGUUUACCUGAGUUCCAUUAUUGUUGGUUUUCUCAAACAUCAGCUCAAAUAUUAGUUUUAAGAGAGAUGGAUAUGGAAAGAUGUGCACAGAUUUUUACUAUGAAAUGAAAUGCUUUGGCUUUACAUGUUUUUUUUUUUUUUUUUUUUCUUCUUUUUCUCCCCAUCUUUCUUUAAACUACAGGUUCCCAAUCCUGGUCCUGGAAAACAUGUUUUAGUGUUUUUCUCUGCUCUUAACAUUUCAGAAAGGGCUGUUAUAAAUCAUAAAUAUGCAGGACACUGGGGUGUUCCAGGACCAGGGCUGGAAACCUGUGCUUUGUAUUAAUUAUAUCCGACUUAACACUGUUUGAUUUGCAGCCCGAUUUUGCAGUCACAGACAAAAAUCUCACAUUGUAAAAGAAUUCAUGAAAUCCAAGGUCUUAGAAUGAAUAAUGUGACAUGCUCGAUUUAGUGCCAUUGCAACUAAAGGCGGCCGACGACAACUUCCUGGCAAUGUCGGAAAUUUUUUUUUAUUAAAAUCUCGGAAUGUGAGUUCUGCUAUGAUGAUCAUCUCAAACCUGCCAAUAAGAGGACUGUACAGGUUGAUGCAAAACUCACGGUACAGCUACGAAUACGGUAGCAGCAAUGGCUUAAAACGUAAACGAAACAUGCAAAUGAAAAAAAUCCUUGACCAUUUCUAUUUACGUGAGCCUGGAUCAGCCUGAGUCAUGAUAUAAUCUGUAAUCACAGGUCUAUCGUUAGAGGAUCUUCAUUGUAUAAUCUGAGAUACAAAACACAUGAUGACGUUAUAGAAUUCAGCCGAAGUUAAUCUUAAAGUUAAUCGUAAAUGACCGCAGUGUAAAAAAGGUUUAAGCCAAGUAGAAUGGCUAUUUUAUUUCCCAGCUCUGGUCCUGGAGAAUCCCCUGUCCUGCAUAUUUGUGUUUUCCCUGCUCAACUGAAUCAGGUGUGUUAGAGCAGAGAAAGCUAGCAAACAUUCAGGACUAGGAUUGAGAAUCUGUACUUCAGACAGAUGUAGUGGGGAAAUGGUGGCACAGUGGUUAAGGGGUUAGGGCUGUUGAGCCAAAGGUCAUGAGUUCAAAUCCCAGCAGCAGCACGGGUUCUUGAACAAGACUUGUAACCCUCCAACUACUCAAUUGUAUCCUGUCUCGAUUGUAAGUCUCUUUGGAAAUGAGUAAACAAAGGCUAGUACAUGACUGAAAAGAAAAAAAAAAAAAGUUUUCCACUCUUUGAUAGCAUCCAGUCUUAUGUUUAGGUCUAUAA